AUGUCUGCACGGGGGGCCUCCUCGGAUCAGAUCAUGCAGACAGGGGCGAUCCUGCUGCGGGCGUUCGUGCGGGACCGCGUGGAGCGCUGCGGGGACCCCCAGGCCGUGGCCCUGAGCGUGGCCGAGCUGGGCGAGCCCCAGCCCAGCAGCCCCGACACCAAACGCCUCAGCGAGUGCCUGCGGCGCAUCGGCGACGAGCUCGACAGCAACAUGGAGCUGCAGAGGAUGAUCGAGCAGGUGGGCUGUGACGCCCCCAAAAGGCUGUUUUUCCGCGUGGCCAGGGAGAUGUUCGCCGACGGCACCUUCAACUGGGGCCGCGUGGUUGCCCUGUUCUACUUUGCCUGCAAGCUGGUGCUGAAGGCUCUGUGCACCAAGGUCCCGGAGCUGGUGCAGACCAUCCUGCGCUGGACCAUGGAGUACGUCCAGGAGAACGUGCUGGCCUGGAUCCAGGCCCAGGGCGGAUGGGAAGGGCUCCUGUCCCAUUUCGGGACCCCCACCUGGCAGACCAUCACCAUCUUCGCCGCCGGCGUGCUCACGGCCUCGCUGACCAUCUGGAAAAUGUCGUAGACGCUCGGGGGAGGGGCCGCAUUUUGUCCGCCCCCACCCCCGGGACCCCUCCCCGGACUGGCCCUGCCGGCAGGGAUGGUGCUGACCCCCCCCCCAGUGCCUUCCGGGGCCGGGGGGCGAGGGGGGGUUUUUAACCAACGGGACUCGCUCACCUGGAUUUUGGGGUGGUGGUCGAGCUCGGGGGGACCCUCCCCUCCAUCCCCGAGGCCUCCUGCAGCUCUUGCCAUAAAUGUCCGGAGGCCACAGCUGGGAUUGGGGGGCGGAAUGGGGUG